AAAAUGGCGAAACUCAGGAAGAGGGGCGGGGAUAGAAGGGAGGAGACGGGGGACAGGCAGGAGGGAAGUGACAGACGAGAUUCUUUGUUCAAGUUUCAUCGGGUUGGAGUUCUGAGCUGCAAGAACAACAUUCUCUUCGGCGCAACUUUACCUCAACUCCUAGGGAUCCUGAUCAGGAACAGGAAGUAUGUCGAAUGGUUCAAGUAUGGCGUCAGAAUAUGUUGUUUGCUGAUGUUUGCGAUUUUCAACACCAUCUUGUCAGUUCUCGAAAGCAUCAGGCACAAGUUUGCAAUUUCUCAGGUCCAAUUGAACGAUGAGCCGAUAUUCGUCAUCGGCCACCCACGUACCGGCACAACUCUUGUGCACAAUGUGUUGUCGUCAGAUGCGCGUUUCUCGUUUGCCACCAACUUGCAAGUUGGGUUCCCGUCAACUUUCAUCUUGAUGUCGAACUUUCAGUGGCUGCUCAGUUUCUUUGUCGACAAGAAGAGGCCGAUGGACAACAUGGAACUGAGUCUUGAUCUGCCUGGCGAGGACGAGAUUGCAACGACCUUGUUAUCCGGAGGGUGUAGCGCGUACAUGCCACUGUUCUUCAUGUCGCAAUACAAGACUUACCUGGAUCUUUUGAAUCUAAACACCACGAAGGAAAGAUUGGAUACCUGGACAGCGUCGUUUCUUUUCUUUCUUAAGAAGAUAACAUACUGGAAUGAUCGCAGCCUUGCUAAGCAAUCAGCCCAUCGUCGGCUGAUAAUCAAAUCACCCGUUCACACAUCGCGGAUACCAACCCUGUUGCGUCUCUUCCCGAAGGCAAAGUUUAUCUUCUGCUACCGGGACCCAUACACGGUCGUUCAAUCUGCAGUGCACAUGGCUCAAUCCUACUACUGGUACACUUACCUGAACGAACCCAGUGAUGCAGAUAUCAGCGACUUCGUUCUUGACCAGAUGGAGAUCAUAUACAGAGAAUACUUCAAACAUCGGAAUCUGAUACCCAAAGGAAAUUUGGUGGAGAUAAAGUUCGAAGAGAUGGAAAACGACAUCAUAAAAACAAUGGAGUCAAUCUAUGAUCAAUUCUCGCUGGGAGAUAUCAAGAAUCUUACUGAGAGUGCCAUGUUCAAGAAAUAUCGAGAAGGGAUGACGGACUUCAAGAAGAACAGCCUGUCGCGAUUGAAUGAGGAGCAGAAAGAAGCAGUGAAGAAACGAUUUGCCUUUAUCUUUGAAACCUUGAACUAUCAGAUGUGAUAAAUUUUCGACGUUGUGGUGUUG